AACUUAAUUUUGCACAAAUAGCAACUUACAAUAGGUUGGGGAUGCCAUCUCUUAUAAUAUAGUACCACGUGCCAAUCUUAUACCAGAGAUUCUGAUUGUAGUGACGUGAGUGAGAUAGUGCUGCUAAUUGUCUCAGAAAAUGGGUUCUGAAACGAAUCCUUCUUCAUCGGCGCCGGUGCCGACGCCCGCGUCUCCUUCAUCGUCACUACCGGCAUCUCCUUCAUCGUCAUUACCGGCGUCUCCGAGUGGAAAGCGAAGUAGGGAUCCAGAAGACGAGGUUUAUCUCGACAAUCUUCGUUCCCACAAGCGUUAUCUCAGCGAGAUUAUGGCUUCAAGUUUGAAUGGGCUGACGGUUGGAGACCCACUAUCUGAAAAUCUCAUGGAAUCUCCGCAAAGGUCUGAAAGCAUGCUUUAUCUUAGGGAUGAACUUCCCUUGCAAUAUUCACCAAUGUCAGAAGAUUCAGACGACUCAAGAUACUAUGAGACUCUGUCAAACUCGUGUUCUUCCAAGCCUGAGAGCUUACCAGCUAGUCCAGUAUCUCCUUACAGGUACCAGAGACCCUACAAUGGGUUUGCUUCAGGACCUCCUACAACUUCGUAUCCUUCAAUGACAUCAUCACAGCAUCGUCAACAAGGUUCAGAUACUGAGGCUCGGUUCCCAUCAUCUCCCAGUGAUAUAUGCCACCCAGGAGACCUAAGGAGAGCAGCCCUUUUACGAUCUGUACAAAUGAGAGGGCAGCCUCUUGGGUCGUCCCCAUUUGAACCACCAUGUGGUCCAGGACAAGAACCUGGACAUACUAUGGAAACCGAGGAGCGACCAUGUUCUUAUAUGAAGACUCUAGUGAAUGAGAGCGAGAAAGGAGAUGAAUCUGCGGAUUAAUGAUUCAGAUGUUCGUCUUGAAGACUUGCGCUUGGUAGUCACCAACACAAAUGAUGAAGCCGGUGGCAAUUUUUCAGAAAUCGAUCAGCAUCCUAGCUUCUACUGGUUUAUUAAGUUGCUGACUUCUUCUGGAUAUAGUUGGCGGCCUGGAAUUCCCAUUUACGUUUGGUGUAUGUUGAGCAAUAGCAUUGAGCGAUCCCGAUUUGUUCUGUGUAUGGCACCGCAGGUUAGCUUAUUUAGUUUAAUGUCUUAUGAUUUAAGUACUCUUCUUAGAGACAGCUGAUUGCAUAUACCAGCAUUCGAUUUGACUUGGUACCACGGCUGGCUUGCAGACCGAGAGGUCCGUCCCUCCAAACAUUACAGGAUGUAUCUACAUGUGCAAUAGGGAGAUCAAAAAAAUGAUGGUGGACGAUUAGUUUUUUUCCUUUUGUAAUUAGUUUUAAUUAAGAUCUUUGGUUUUUGGGUGAGUUGCUUCAGAAAUUUCAAUAUUUAGAACCAUUCAUUGUAAUUUGGAUAUUUCGUAAAUGGAAUCAUUCUAGUCCAUGUAAUUAUUGGA